AUGGCAGACGCAGACUUGCCUCUCCCUUGUCCGGCAUUCACCAACACAGUCCACGAAGAUACUCUUUCAGACGAAGAUUACAAGCACCGUCCACCAUAUGUAAUGAAAAAUGAAGCUGAAUUUGGAGCCAAAUGGCGUGGAAAGUGCGUAUGUGGGAAAGUGACCUAUCUCCUCAAGCAAGAAAAGCCUCUCAAUGCCAAAUACUGUCAUUGCCAUGGCUGCCAGGCUCUUCACGGUGCUCCCUUCCAGUGGGCUGCCAUCUUUCACAAGGAGGACAUGUCAUUUAUCAAGGGGUCCAGCGGUCUGGUGUUCUAUUCCUCGACUCACCGAUCCCAGACAUAUAAUCUGCCAACUAAGGUUACUUGUGAAGACUGCCACACCCCUCUCAUGGACGAAGGUCGGAAUGCGUGCUUAGUCUUUCCGGAAUCGAUUGAAGUUGAGGGAUCGGACGAGGAACAAAGGCGGAAGAAAGAGCCAUUGAAACCGACAUGUCAUAUCUUCUACGGGUCACGUAUGCUCGACAUUCCUGACGGUCUUCCAAAAUGGAAAGGAAUGGAAAAUGCUAGUGAACGUUUGGAUGAUCAAGGUAACCCGAUCAGUACUUAG